GAGUGCCACGGCCGAAAACACAGCGCGUCCCACAAGCCAGGUGCCACUGUACUACGGUGUGGUGUGCUCUAGAAACCGUUUCCCCUCAUCUCGCUCUACGUGCCCCCCCGUCCCGCGGGUCGUCUCUGUGCUUCGGGUUUCGCGACGGUCGGUAGAAAGUGCACGUUUUCAAAAUUGGAUUAACACACCCGCGCGCACAAGAAAACCGUCACCGUCUAACAGCGAGCUGGUGGUACCGUCCAGUACGCGGCGCAUCUUCCGCAUUUCACCAUCAUGAGGGAAAUUGUGCAUCUUCAGGCCGGCCAGUGCGGUAAUCAGAUCGGGUCCAAGUUCUGGGAGAUCAUUUCCGAUGAGCACGGUAUCGAUCCGACCGGCCACUAUCAUGGUGACACCGAUUUGCAGCUCGAGCGUAUCGACGUGUACUAUACCGAGGUGAACGGCAACAAGUAUGUGCCGCGUGCGGUACUGGUCGAUCUCGAACCCGGCACGAUGGAUUCCGUCCGUCAGUCACCGUACGGUGCCCUAUUCCGGCCGGAUAACUUCGUUUACGCUCAGUCGGGUGCCGGCAACAACUGGGCCAAGGGUCACUAUACCGAGGGUGCCGAGCUGGUGGACAACGUGCUGGACGUGAUACGCAAGGAGACGGAAGCGUGCGAUUGCCUGCAGGGUUUCCAGCUGGCCCAUUCGCUUGGCGGUGGUACCGGUUCCGGUAUGGGCACGCUGCUAAUAUCGAAAAUUCGCGAAGAAUAUCCCGAUCGCAUCAUGAACACAUUCUCCGUCGUUCCAUCGCCAAAGGUGUCCGAUGUAGUUUUGGAACCAUACAACGCUACCUUAUCGAUGCACCAGCUCAUCGAAGCAUCCGAUCAGACCAACUGUAUAGAUAACGAAGCGCUGUAUGACAUCUGCUUUAGAACGCUUAGGAUCUUCAAUCCUACCUAUCCCGACUUAAACCAUUUAAUCUCUGUUACGAUGUCGGGUGUGACGACGUGCCUUCGGUUCCCCGGACAGCUUAAUGCUGACCUGCGGAAGCUGGCGGUCAAUAUGGUACCAUUCCCGCGUCUUCAUUUCUUUAUGCCCGGGUUCGCACCACUCACGGCUAAAGGAUCGCAGCAGUACCGUGCCCUAACGGUGCCGGAACUGACUGCACAGUUGUUCGAUGCGAAAAACAUGAUGACCGCUUGCGAUCCUCGCCAUGGUCGAUAUCUGACGUGUGCGGCCAUCUUCCGAGGCACUAUGUCCAUGAAGGAGGUGGACCAGCAGAUGCUGAACAUCCAGAGCAAGUACAACAGCUACUUCGUGGAGUGGAUACCGAACAACGUGAAGGUGGCCGUGUGCGAUAUUGCGCCGCGUGGCUUGAAAAUGUCCGCCACCUUCAUUGGCAACACCACGGCAAUACAGGAGAUCUUCAAGCGCAUCUCGGAGCAGUUUACGGCCAUGUUCAGACGGAAAGCGUUCCUGCACUGGUACACGGGCGAGGGUAUGGACGAGAUGGAAUUUACCGAGGCGGAAUCGAACAUGAACGAUCUGAUCUCCGAAUACCAACAGUAUCAGGAUGCGGAAGUGGAGGACUAUGACGAGAUGGAAGAAAUCCCGGAAGAGGAACAACAGCAACAGCAGGAGUGAUCGCCGUUGUUGUGUUUUAACCGUUCGUUUAUUGUGUUCCUAUUUCUAUUAGUAGAGAGAGAGAGAGAGAGAGAGAGAGAGAGAGA